CUUAGUUUCAAUUAGUGCUCGACACAUAUCAGCGACAGAAACUUGUGUUACCCUCGCAACACAUCCCCUUCUCCUUUCUCCUCCUUAUAUCGUAUACUCGUUUCCUAGCACACUCCUAAAGUGCUUUUUUUUUUCUUGACGGAUAAAAAGAAGGAAGAACCGACUUGUAACUUAAGGAUGGCUGCUGCAGAAUACAAACAAAAACUUUACGAAAUCCAGAGACGGGGAGAAAAUCGAACCUGUUUUGACUGUGGGGCACCCAAUCCGCAAUGGGCUUCUGUAUCCUAUGGCAUCUUUAUAUGUUUGGAUUGUUCCGGAAUUCAUCGUUCAUUUGGUGUGCACAUUAGUUUCGUUCGCUCGAUCAGUAUGGAUAAAUGGUUUGACGAUCAAUUGAAAAAGAUGGAUAUUGGUGGCAACUCCAAAGCCAAGGCAUUUUUCGAGUCUCAACCAGACUAUCGCUCGAAUAUGAAUAUGCACGACAAAUACAAUUCUCAAUGCGCCGCACUUUAUCGCGACAAGUUAUCGGCAGAAGCAGAAGGACGUAGCUGGACACCUUCACCCAACGCUGCAUCUUCUAUCAAACGUGCAGCAGCGACUGGAUCGAGCCGAUCAUUGAAUUCGACGUUGGGCAACAACAACAACAACAACAAUAGUAGUAGCGGCUUUGGUAGUACCAGCAGCAGUAGCACCAACAACAACAACAAUAACCGACCGUUGAAUGGAUCGUCGCCACUUCGUUCUGGAUCACCCGCAAGCUUCCAUAGCAACAACAGUAGCACAAUGAUGAGCGACAAGGCAAGGAAUGAGGCGUACUUUGCUACAUUAGGCAAUACCAACGAGAACAGACCCGACCAUUUGCCACCCAGUCAAGGCGGUAAAUUUACUGGAUUUGGAAAUCCUGCAUUCGAGAACCAGCCUCGCAAAAACGAUUCGCCCGAUCUGAACGAUAUCAUGAACGACCCUGUGCAAGCGCUUUCCAAGGGCUGGUCAUUCCUGUCGUAUGGCAUGGAGGAGCUGGGUAAAGUUGCAGCGGAGGGAGCUCGUGUGGCAGCCCAACAUGCUGGGCAGUUGGGCAAGUAUGCCAAUGAACAAUGGAACGAUCCCAAUCUGAGAAACAACACCCAUGAGUUCUACUCGAACAGUUUUGAUACCCGACCUCCAUCUGGAAACAGCCAGUCCCAUUCACACACUAACGAUGGCGACUUUUUCAACUCGACCAUCUCCUCGCUGCAAAACCAGCAACAGUACACAAGCCCUGUGAGCUCUCGUAGUGCGUCGCCUGCAGGAUUAAGCGCAAACACAAAGUCAACGUCGUCUGUGCGAUCCCGUACGCCUUUGAGAGAAACAGCCAAGGCCAAGAAGCAAGAUGACUCGGACGAUGAGUGGGGAGGAUGGUAGAGCUUCUUAUUAAUGCACCCACAACAACAACAACAACACAUCUCUUCUUUGCUUUUCAAAAUCCCCGUAUCUCUUAUGCUUGUUAUCUUUUCUACCCUUUAUUGCCAUGUUUCUCCACUCCUCUUUUAACCAUUGACUCUCUCUCUCUCUCUUGCUCUUGCUCUUACUCUACAACCAUCGACACCCCUGCCCCUUACAACAUACACGCACAUGCACUCUGCGGAACAACCCACAAAAAAAAAAGUAGACUAUUUUCUUCCCUUUUCCCUUCGUAUGUGUGCGUGUGUGUGUGUGUGUGUAUGUGCGGUUUAGAAUUUAUAUAAUUUGAAGAAGCAUAUAAUUAAUUAAGCUACUA